AUUAUUAUUGUUCUUUAUCUUUAGAUGUUACAAUUCAAGUUUCAAUUCUUUCAGUUUGAUGGUAUAUGUCAAACAGUAGCAUUGACACUAUGUCCACUCAUGGGAAAGUUCGAUGGUAUUGAGCCCAUUUGUUAUUCGCGGAACGUAGAAAUGGCUGGUUUACUCGUAUUUCAACCAGCAACAUUAAUGAUGGAUAUUGUGGCUCUAUGUAUGACAAGUAUUAUGAUUUAUCAUGUCAAGACGAAAUACACCGCCGUAGGCCGAAAGGAAAUCGCCAUGUUUUUUCAGUUAUAUUUGGUCACUGUAUUUUUAGAGAUGUUGUUGAUCACGAAUAUCAUUCCGACUGCUUCUAUUCUUUAUCCCUUUUUUACAGCAGCGCAUUUAGGCUUAUUGAGUGCGUCAUUUUGGUGUCUUUUAUUAAAUGGAUUUGUGGGAUUUCAAUUUGCAGAAGAUGGGACACCAAUCAGUUUAUGGUCUAUUCGCAUCAGCACAUUUCUGGUGUUCUUUCUGGUUGGGUUUAUAGCCAUGGCCACUUUUCAUAAUGUGGGUCCAUUUAGUUAUAUGUCGCCCUCUGAAUUAUGGGUUGUUUAUUUUAUUGUGAAUGGAUCCAUGUUUCUUAUUUACACUGUAUCCCAAAUCAUAUUGGUCACACAUACCUUGGAUGAUCGAUGGCCAUUGGGUGAUAUUUUAUUUGGCGUCUUAUUCUUUGUGUCUGGUUUAGUGGUCAUGCAUGUCUUUUCAGUCUCGUUAUGCGAACAAGUAAAGCAUUAUUUAGAUGGUUUAUUCUUUGGCAGUAUGUUUAACUUGUUGUCUGUCAUGAUGAUCUAUAAAUAUUGGGAUUCAAUCACAAAAGAAGAUUUGGAGUUCUCUAUUGACUCGAAACACCAAACAGCUCGUUGGGAGAUGCAAGCAUUGUUACAAAAAGAGGAAGAAAAAUAAAAGUACCGCUAGAUCACAAGCAUUUAGACCAAUAGUAUCUGUCAC